GCAGAAAACAAUCAUCUGCACUCCCUCGGCGCACCUCCAAGCACAGCAGGGAAAGUACUGAGGUCUGAUGGCACUGGAAGAAACUGGCCGUCGGAGUAUGGCCCCAGAAAACACAAAGGUGGAAAGGGACAGGAAGAAGGACCUCUCAGUCAAACAAUAAAAUGCUCCUAUUGAGCAGAAAUUAAGCACACACUGCUCAGUUAAACUUCCUCUUUAUUCUGCAGGCGGAAGAAACAAAUUGGGAAACUGGAAAAUCUGGGAAAGAAAGAAGGACAUUCGAAAUUUGGCCUCAGGAAACACGAAGAGGCGGCAGAAACAAAUUUGGAAAGACUGCGUGACCCCGCUGGUCGCUAGCGGCUAGUGAUGACAAAGUGGCGGUCCAGUUGACGUCCCCAUUUAGCCAGGACAGACGUUGAAGAAUAAGGUAAGGAACAGCAGGCGAGUUUCCAUAGGCAAGAUAGACGUUUAUUAAGGCCUUAGGUUGGUAAAGGGCCGAAUUAAUCUCUCGCGCCCAUCGCUUUUGUGGAUGGACGAGGCCACGAUGAAGAUGACGACUGGUCAGUGGGAGUGGUGCGGCUGCUGCUGCUGCUGCUGCUCACAGGCCUCAGAAAACGCCAAGAGGUGGUCUGAGACAGGAAGGAGGACCUCUGCUAUUUGGCCUCUGAAAACCAAGAGGUGGCCUGAGACAGGACAUAGGACCCCUGCUGUUUGGCCUCUGAAAACCAAGAGGUGGUCUGAGACAAGAAAAAGGACCCCUGCCGUUUGGCCUCUGAAAACGAAGAGGUGGACUGAGACAGGAAGAAGGACCUCUGCUAUUUGGCCUCUGAAACCAAAGUGGUGGUCUGAGACAGGAAGAAGGACCCCUGCUAUUUGGUGUCUGAAACCCAAGAGGUGGUCUGAGACAGGAAGAAGGACCCCUGCUAUUUGGCCUCUGAAAACCAAAGAGGUGGUCUGAAACAGGAAGAAGGACCCCUGCUAUUUGGUGUCUGAAGCCCAAGAGGUGGUCUGAGACAGGAAGAAGGACCCCUGCUAUUUGGCUUCUAAAAACCAAGAGGU